CCAUCUUCUUUCUUGCCCUAUUUUUAGGAGUCUGGCUGUUAAAGCACUUUUUUUUUUCUGCAUUGGAACAAUGCAGCAAUAUACAGGGGAAUUUUAAGCAGCUGAUUUCUGACCUCAAGCACAAAGCUGUUUCAAAGAGGAGUAGUUAUGUUCCAGAUCUUCUUCCAGGCAGGGCUCUUGGCCCUUCAAAUUAUUAAGCUGUGAUGGGACUUCAAAAUGAAAAAAGAAUCAGAAAACGAAAAAAGUCACUCAGUGUAUCAUAGUUAAAUGAUGCAUUGGUUUCAGGCAGCUGUGACUGGAAAGGCUUCCUUUAAUAUUCUGGGAGCAUAUUCCUAAAAAUCAAUACAUGUUUGAGAAAUUUCCCUGAUUUUUUAAGGAUUCAGGCAGGCGCCUAUGGCCCACUUCAAACAAAUACACAUAGGCAAAAAUAGCAAUGCUCAUCAGGAGAGAUAGCACACAACCGUUGGAAAAAAAAUCUAGUGUUGGUUAAUGUUGAGUGAGCCCAGGAAAAUCCAUUAUCUUUGUCCCCCAAACCUUGGAGGGAGUUUAAGGGAACCCAGAAAUGUUUUUCCCCAAGAAAGCUUUUCUAAAAGGCUUUUUCUUUGCUUAAAGUUGGUAUUUAUUUCCCCUCUAACAAUGAAAUUAAUAAUCAGAGCAACUAGAUUUGAAGGUCACUGGAAUAUAAACCCCUUUCUCCAACCUACCCUUGGCUAGCUGAAUACACAGAGCCAAUCUCUAUUCCAUGCCAGCUCAAGAAGGGAGAGGAAGGGGAUGGGGCAGCAGGUCUUUAGAGCAAGUGGGCUCGUAUAUGACUCUCCACGGGAAACCGAGGCUGCUUCAGUGGAAAGGGGCUGUCCAAGGAUUUCAGCCCCUAAAGGUUUAGCCAGACGCUGAAACAAGGCAGGCUCUAGCUGGCUCGCUCUCCUUUCUCUGCGUGCUGCCCCUCUCCCCAUUCACAUGUAGAGAUCACACUUUAAAAAGAGAAUAGCUAGCUGCCACUCGGAACGAAUCCUCCUUUUUUCAUUUCGUUGAGUUUCUCCUUCAAAUGCUUGCCCGUUAUUAUUAUAAGCUUUUCUUGGGGCCCUGGGCUGUACAGAUUGCGGCGGAAGGUUGUGGGGCAGAAAGAUGCCCUCCUGGAGCGAAAGACCCUUCCUUCUCCAUUGAUUUGUCACACUGACGUCUUUGUCUGGACCCCCGCCUCCUCCCCUUUUCCUCUUUUCACUUCACUCACUUCGCCCGCUCUCGCCGCCUGGGUCUGUAUUUUCCCAGAAGGUGGCGCUAUUGGUUUAAAAUGAGCCGCAGCCGCUCGGGCUAGAACCUAAGCCAGCACCCAGGGCUGCUGCCCUCCGGGGGUUAGCGGUGACUGUUUUUUAAGCUCCGGAGGAAAUCCCUGAGGGAAAAAAAAAAGAAAAAGAAAAAGGAGGAGGGGCAGCUAGAGGAGGAGACAGAGAGAAAAGAAACAUAACUGCGAAAAAUCCUGGAAAGUUAAUGCAUCCCCAGAUCUUGCCCUCCAUGCGUGCCCUACCCCCACUAACCCCGACCCUUCUCCAUCCUCCAAAAACAGGCCAAGAAAAAUUGGCGCUGGGAAGUGGAAUCAAUGGACAAUACUUAUGUGAUCUCGACCUUGUCACCGCGUUGAAAUGUGCCAGGUACUUUUUUUAAGGAAACAGAAGAAAUCCCUCAGAGGACUUUCUCCCCAGACAGAAAGACUUUCCUUUUUUUUUUUUUUUUUUCCUUUUAAAAAGUGAUUGGGUGAUGAGAGGGUGGAGUAGGGUAAGAGAAUUUAGUCUUUGAAACCUGACCCUUUCAUGUACACCAGCAUCUUCAUUCAGAGGAUCCAGGUUUUUGCAUUUCUUUAUUCUCAAAUCAUGUAGAUUAGGGGGACUGCUGACUCUCCCUUUUCUCUGUUGUUAAUUCAUUUUCCUGGAACUUCACCUGAGAAAAGGAGGCGAAAGAGGUAGAGCACUGCCAAACACAGGCGGGUAAUAGUCGGUUUCCUAUAUAUCUUUGAAUUUUAUCCUAUUCUUUUAAUCACCCUGAAGCACCCCCUCUCGCCCCCUGCACCCCAUUAUCGAUACUUAGAAGGUAAUCGUCGUCCCCGUUUCUGACUCUUUCCUUAACUGGUUAGAUGAGAUAGAGCCCUUCAGAGAAAAGGUAGUGUGUGGAAGAAAAGGUUAUUGAAUUGUAAAGGAGAGGUGAGAACUGUUCGUUUAUCCCCUAACACAAGUCCUAGAUCUGUUUUAAACUCAGCAAAUUGAAAGGACCACGUAGAAAAGAAACAUCAAGGAAGAGCUAGGUAUAAAGGGAUGGUGGUGGUGGUGGUGGUGAGAGGGCAUGAAAAUAUAAAACAUUUUUCAGGGACCUCAUUUUAUUGGUGGAAGUGGGCCCCUACUCUUCUUCCUCUUCAAUUAAGACACCAUUUUCAAGACCAACAGCUCCCUUUUUCGUACUCGCGGGGUUUUGACUCCUAUUUUAGGUAGUUAGUGACUGAGGACCCAAGAGCUGGAGGAUCUUAAAGAUGUCCCCGGCCCCCAGCCAUUUAUACUCCACCAUCCUCACCCUCUAGCCGAAAUGAGCUAGCUAGAGGACAGGAUUGAUACUCCAGAUUAUAGAAGCAGCUCCGGAGGCGGAGAGUCCCCAAUACGUCGGCAUCUCCCGCUGCAGAGACAAGCACCCGGCAAAAUGCAAAAGCGGGAGGAAACCCGAGAAGUGCGGACUUUAAGCAGGGGGCCGGGGCGGAGACGAAGCGGAGCGAUCUCCCUCGCGAUUGGCCGAUCCCUUCAGACUGGCGGCCUGACGUCACUGCUCUCCGCCUCCUUGGCAAUGUCUACAGCCCGCUGCACUCCUAACUUAAGCAUUUAUUCCACUGGGAUAGAACAGGCAAGAGCGGCGCUGCAUCGACAAAAUCAUGGCUGGGAUUUUCUAUUUCAUCCUCUUUUCGUUUCUGUUUGGAAUUUGCAAUGGUGUCACCGGUUCUAGGAUAUAUCCUGCCAACGAAGUUACCUUAUUGGAUUCCAGAUCGGUUCAGGGAGAGCUUGGGUGGAUAGCCAGCCCUUUGGAAGGAGGGUGGGAAGAAGUGAGCAUUAUGGAUGAGAAAAAUACUCCAAUCCGUACUUACCAAGUCUGCAAUGUCAUGGAGUCCAGCCAAAACAACUGGUUACGAACUGAUUGGAUUCCUCGGGAAGGGGCUCAGAGGGUGUAUAUUGAGAUUAAAUUCACACUGAGAGACUGUAAUAGCCUACCAGGAGUUAUGGGAACUUGCAAAGAGACUUUUAACUUGUACUACUAUGAAUCCAAUAAUGACAAAGAACGCUUUAUCAGAGAAAGCCAGUUUGCUAAGAUCGACACCAUUGCUGCUGAUGAGAGCUUCACCCAAGUGGACAUUGGUGAUAGAAUCAUGAAGUUGAACACCGAGAUAAGAGACGUAGGACCACUGAGCAAGAAAGGGUUCUACUUGGCUUUUCAGGAUGUUGGAGCCUGUAUUGCUCUAGUCUCUGUUCGGGUUUUCUAUAAGAAGUGUCCAUUGACAGUUCGAAAUCUGGCCCAGUUUCCAGACACCAUCACUGGGGCUGAUACAUCCUCCCUAGUGGAAGUUCGAGGCUCCUGUGUCAACAACUCAGAAGAAAAGGAUGUGCCAAAAAUGUAUUGUGGGGCAGAUGGUGAAUGGCUGGUACCCAUUGGCAACUGUCUAUGCAAUGCUGGGCAUGAAGAGAGAAAUGGAGAAUGCCAAGCAUGCAAGAUUGGAUACUACAAGGCCCUUUCCACUGAUACUUCCUGUUCCAAGUGCCCUCCCCAUAGCUAUUCUGUCUGGGAGGGAGCCACCUCCUGCACCUGUGACCGUGGCUAUUUUCGAGCAGAUGAUGAUGCAGCUUCCAUGCCCUGCACUCGUCCACCAUCUGCUCCCCUCAACUUGAUUUCAAAUGUCAAUGAAACAUCAGUGAACCUGGAGUGGAGCAGUCCUGAGAACACGGGGGGCCGCCAGGACAUUUCCUACAAUGUAGUAUGUAAGAAGUGUGGUGCUGGUGAUCCCAGCCGGUGUCGGUCCUGUGGCAGUGGAGUUCACUACACGCCCCAGCAGAACGGCCUCAAGAGCACCAAAGUCUCCAUUACAGACCUCCUGGCACAUACUAACUAUACUUUCGAAAUCUGGGCCGUGAAUGGAGUGUCCAGAUAUAGCCCAAGUCAUGACCAGUCGGUUUCAGUUACUGUGACAACGAACCAAGCAGCUCCAUCUUCAAUAGCUUUGAUCCAAGCUAAAGAAAUAACGAGAUACAGCGUUGCAUUGGCUUGGCUGGAACCUGAUCGGCCAAAUGGAGUCAUCUUAGAGUAUGAAGUCAAAUAUUAUGAGAAGGAUCAGAAUGAACGCAGUUAUAGGAUUGUUCGGACAGCCUCCAGGAACACUGACAUCAAAGGCCUGAAUCCCUUGACUUCCUAUGUAUUCCAUGUGAGAGCCCGUACAGCAGCUGGCUAUGGAGACUUUAGUGAGCCCUUUGAGGUGACAACUAACACAGUGCCUUCUCGAAUCAUUGGAGAUGGAACCAACUCCACUGUCCUGCUGGUGUCAGUUUCAGGCAGCGUGGUACUAGUGGUCAUUCUGAUUGCAGCUUUUGUCAUCAGCCGGAGACGGAGUAAAUACAGUAAGGCAAAGCAAGAAGCAGAUGAAGAGAAACAUUUGAAUCAAGGUGUAAGAACUUAUGUUGACCCUUUUACAUAUGAAGAUCCUAACCAAGCUGUCCGAGAAUUUGCCAAAGAAAUUGAUGCAUCCUGCAUUAAGAUUGAAAAAGUCAUAGGAGUGGGUGAAUUUGGUGAAGUGUGCAGUGGGCGUCUUAAAGUACCUGGGAAAAGAGAAAUAUGUGUGGCUAUUAAAACUCUUAAAGCUGGAUAUACAGACAAGCAGAGGAGGGAUUUCCUGAGUGAAGCUAGCAUCAUGGGACAGUUUGACCACCCAAACAUCAUCCACUUAGAAGGCGUAGUCACCAAAUGUAAACCUGUAAUGAUCAUAACCGAGUACAUGGAGAAUGGCUCCUUGGAUGCAUUCCUUAGGAAGAAUGAUGGAAGAUUUACAGUGAUUCAAUUGGUUGGGAUGCUUCGUGGCAUUGGUUCUGGGAUGAAAUAUCUCUCUGAUAUGAGCUAUGUACAUAGAGAUCUAGCUGCCCGGAACAUCUUGGUCAAUAGCAACUUGGUCUGCAAAGUCUCUGACUUUGGCAUGUCUCGUGUUCUUGAAGAUGAUCCUGAAGCAGCUUACACAACCAGGGGUGGCAAGAUUCCCAUCCGGUGGACUGCACCAGAAGCAAUUGCUUAUCGUAAAUUCACAUCUGCAAGUGAUGUAUGGAGCUAUGGAAUUGUGAUGUGGGAAGUGAUGUCUUAUGGAGAGCGACCCUACUGGGAUAUGUCCAACCAGGAUGUUAUAAAAGCUAUCGAGGAAGGCUACCGGCUACCUCCACCAAUGGACUGCCCCAUUGCUCUCCACCAGCUGAUGCUAGACUGCUGGCAGAAGGAAAGAAGCGACAGGCCUAAAUUUGGACAGAUUGUCAACAUGUUGGACAAACUCAUCCGCAACCCUAACAGCCUGAAGAGGACGGGUACUGAGAGCUCCAGGCCCAACACUGCCUUGUUGGAUCCUAGCUCUCCUGAAUUUUCUGCUGUGGUAUCUGUAGGUGAUUGGCUGCAGGCCAUUAAAAUGGACCGGUAUAAGGACAAUUUCACAGCUGCCGGGUACACCACCCUUGAGGCUGUGGUGCACAUGAACCAGGACGACCUGGCGAGAAUCGGCAUCACAGCCGCCACGCACCAGAACAAGAUCUUGAACAGCGUCCAGGCAAUGCGAACCCAAAUGCAACAGAUGCAUGGCAGGAUGGUUCCUGUCUGAGCCAGUACUGAAUAAACUCAAAACUCUUGCAAUUAGUUUACCUCAUCCAUGCACUUUAAUUGAAGACCUGCACUUUUUUUACUUCGUUCUCGCCCUCUGAAAUAAAAAUCUGCAGCAUUGCUUGGUGGAUGGAAUUGCUGAAACUGUGGGGCCUCCACUAUAUAAAUGACAACGUGUCAUUGAAACCAGACCUGGAACAAAUUGUUUCUCAAAAUAUAUUGCCGUCAAUCCACAGUGUGUAAUAUACAUGUACCUAUAUAAAUAUAACAUCACCUCCAACUUUUUGGUGUUGUGUUCGUUGCCAGAUGCUGGGCUUCUACCCACAGCCUUUCUCCUCUCCCCUUGGAAUUACAUCCAUAGUAUUUUAUUUGUGGAAUAAAUCACACUCCUGCAUCUUUCACUGGAAUGAAGAAUUUGCCCAGGAUAUCCUCUACAGACUUGAUCUUGGCUUACAGGGCAUCAUAGAUACUGAGGGAAAAUCUCCGUGAAAAUUACCAUGUGGCUGCUCAGUGCCUCACCAUAGGUGCUUGGCCGGGGCCAGGCUUAAGCUGCCUUGUGGAUUACUGGAAAAGAAAGGAAGAAAGAAAAACAGGGAAAAAAAACAUAACACGCCAAAACCUCUACACAAGAGGUUUGUUUCUUUUCUAGUUGUUUCUGUGCCAUAUAAUAUCUUAUCCUAUGAACGCUUCGGACUUUUUGUAACUACCUUACUGACAGCUGCCUGUGACAAUCUUGGAUUGGCAACUUCCAUACUUCGCUCGUUUUUAGAAGCAACCAAAAAGCGAAAAGGGAAAGUGGAUUCUUUUUUAUUUUCUUUUGGCCUCAUGGCCCUUCCUGAUGAUCAUAUUGACCAUGGGGAAAGAACUUCAAGAAGUCAAACUUGAACUUGAAUCCUUCCAAAUUCCACGGGCCUCCUGCUUCUACCGCACCACUUUGGGAUGAGGCAGAGACACUGGACAAAAGAGCAUUGGUCCCUAAAAAGCAAAAGCAUGUGACUUUCCGAUUUCCUUUUUCACAUUGGAAGAAGACAUCAUCACUACGACCAACACCACCACCAACCUCCUAGGCUCAGCAUCUAUUCUCUCCAGUUUUCACUUUGAGGAAUGUACUGUAUUGAAGCGCUAGCCCUGCAGAGUCCCUGUUUUUCUCCUUGUUUUGAUUUUUAUUUAUACAUAUUUCCAUAGCUCUUUCCUGUAUGUCACUGCUGCAUCUGGAUGAUGGCAAGUGACCCAACACUACAGGUCUUAACAUGGACGCCAAGCCAGGUGCCGCCACGCUGAACAAAGCCAGUUCAUGGGAGCUGCCUAGUAUAUGCAUUGCUGAAGUUACAUUUUACACGAGAUGUGCCAUUGCAGUGAUAUAAAUAUAUUUUUUUUCUAGACUAAAUAAUGAGCUGACUAUCUCUUUUGAUGUGUGUACAUAGGGGUGAGUGUGUAUGUGUGUAUGUAUGUGAGUGAAUGAAUGUGAAUACAGGCAUGUAUGUACAUGUAUUAUCUCAUGCUUAGAACUGCCUAUGGAUGUCUUGGAAAAAGUCCCUCCUGGGACCCUCCUAGGGUACUGUCUUUCCACCACAUCCAAGCUGACGAACAACAUGAGAUAGUGGGUCUGUAGACUAUGUCUUUCCUACUAGCAAGAAAACACAGAAGUGUUAAGUUUCCUGUAUCUCUAAGUGUAUUUUGUAGCUGCCACGCUAACCUUAAUCAAUAAUCCUGCAUCCUGCAGCCUAAGACGGAGGCACUUUCACCUUAGUUACGGAAUGAUUAAUGAAAAAAAAAAGGUCCGUUCAGGUGAUGGAGCAGCCAUCAAUGUUGCUAAUUCUGAUUCGUCGUUCUCAGAAUCACACUUAUUGAAAAAGGGGAGGGGGUGAGAUCUGUAUCUGGUUACCUGAAAUAUAAAACAACAAAAAGCCUAUUUUCCUGCAUAAAUGGACUUGUUAAAUGUGAACAAAUAUAUGCAAUUCUAUACAGUCAGAGCUGCACUCUGACACCAGUGUCAGGUGCUAAGAAGGUUGUGUCCUAUAAUUAAUAGCUUGUCUCCCAACAUCACAAAAAACCACAUACCAGUGAUGUUUGAGGGUACACUCUUGGGUCCAUGUCAAGUAGCUUCGAGCACUUCCAAGUUCCAAAUUUUCAUGGAAAGUUACUUUCAUAAAGGGAAAUAACCUACCAUAAGUUCCUAUGGCCCUCACAAUGGCACCAGCAUCUCGAAUCUGAGGUCUAGAAUGUGAAGAUUGAGUGCUGACAAAAACUACUUGUUCAUGGACGGGAAAUGUAUACCAAACUCCAGCCAAUGUACUGCCAUUCUGUGGAUUCAGUUAUGUGACUGCCAUGCAUGAUGGUUGCAAAGAUUGCUAUAGCAUCAUGUAUCAAGAUAAAGAAAACACAACAAAACAUCACUGACAAGAGGCAAAAUGCUGAAUCUAUGCCCACUAUCUACCAACCUUGAUUGUAUUAAGAUAGGGUGUGGGGCACUGUAAUCUAGAAACUAUAAUAGAGAGUCAAAACUAAUUUUCCUGUAUGUUACCCCUCCUUAGGCCCUUAUUUUUUUUUAAAGGGAAGUGCCUAUAAAUAGAUAUUUGGAGAAUAUUAGUAUAAAUCAUAGGAUGCUCUGAGCAGACUCUCAAAAAUAAGUUUAUUUCCUGAUCUCUAAAAUGAGGGGGGAUUAGAUAAUUGGCCAAAGAAGUCUACUGUGCUAGAGACAGAGAACAGGAUGAAUAAGCCUGUUUUUCCUCCACUUUGUAUCUUCCCUAGAAUCUAGCACAGUGCUUUGCACAUAGUAGGCACUUAAUAAAUGUCUUCUUUUUAAUUGAGUUGAAUCAAUUGUGAUCUGAGUGCUGUCACAAUAUAGCAUGCUCAGAUACCAAAUUACCAUCAAAUCAUGAACAAGGCAGCUUUAAACUCUCUCCUCACCCCAGACCAAAUUAAAUGAUGCCAGUAUUUGUCAGCCAACCCCUUGUUAUCGAAGGAAUUUAUCGAUGGGACACUCUACUAAGCAAACCAGUAUGUUGGGGGUCAGGGGAGGGGGGCAGGGUAGGGGAAGGUUGUGCUCUUGACACUGCUGGUAAAUAUGCUUUGAGAUCUCUUGCUGUAUUCAGUUUAUGAUGGAGAUGUGUAUUAAUGCAUACACUUAUAUCCAUGUAUAUGUUUAAAGACAAAAAAAAUUCUUACCAGGAAAUGAGACUUUUAAAAGCAAUAUUUCCAUUAACAUUCUCUUAUCAAGAACAAACAUUGACAUAAAGAGUGCAUUUAUUUUUUGUAUCACUGCAAGUAUAUUGGAAUAUGCAAGGACUGUGGUUAAAAUUAGAAUGUAUAAGGCAUAUUAUAAUUUAGUUCAUGCUAAAAAAUUUUUUUUUAAAGAGACCAUUGCUUGGUUCAUAAAUGUCCAUAAAUUUGAGUGAUCUCUGAGUUAGACAUAGAUUUUCUAUUUUGUUUUAAUUUGUCAUUUUUUUUUCCUAUUUGAACUUUAGGUACACAUAACUUAUGUCAUUUAUUUAUGGUCUUUUAUACCUAGUUUGUAAAAUUGUAAAAUAGCAAACUCAAUGCAAAGGUUUGCAUUUGAAAAUAAUAAAGUAGUUACUGUACCAA